AGUGCCUUAAGAGGGCUAGAUCCUGGAGCUGGCAGGAGGCUGCUGGCUGGCUGCUGGACGCUGGAGCGGCACAGGAUGUUGAACCCUACCAACGGCGACCAGACCCACAUGGUGAACUAUGUAGAGGAUUACUUGGAUUCCAUCGAGUCCCUGCCUUUCGAUCUACAAAGAAACGUCUCCCUUAUGAGGGAAAUCGAUGCCAAAUACCAAGAGAUCCUGAAGGAAUUGGAUGACUAUUAUGAAAAGUUCAGACGUGAAUCUGAUGCGAUACAAAAGCGACGUCUUUUGCAGUUCAUCCAGAGAGCUCUUAUUCGGAGUCAAGAGCUGGGUGAUGACAAGAUCCAAAUAGUGAGCCAGAUGGUGGAGCUGGUUGAAAACAAAACAAGGCAAGUAGACAGUCAUGUGGAACUGUUUGAAACAUGUCAAGAUUUAAAUGACAGUACAAGUAAUAGCAGCAAGAGCAACCAGGAUAAGUCUAAAAGUGAAACAAUCUCUCAGACGGAAAAAUCCAGCAAUAAGAGAUCAAGGAGGCAGAGGAACAAUGAGAACCGAGAAAAUUCAACUAUUAAUCAUGACCAUGAUGACCUUACUACAGGAACCCCCAAAGAGAAGAAGCCAAAAACAUCAAAGAAGAAAAAGCGAUCCAAAGCUAAGGCUGAGAGAGAAGCCUCGCCGGCAGAUCUUCCUAUAGACCCCAAUGAGCCCACCUAUUGCCUAUGCAAUCAAGUGUCCUACGGGGAAAUGAUUGGCUGUGAUAACGAGGAAUGCCCAAUAGAGUGGUUUCACUUUUCUUGUGUGGGACUCAAUCAUAAACCAAAGGGUAAAUGGUACUGUCCCGAAUGCAGAGGGGAAAAUGAGAAAACCAUGGGCAAAGCACUUGAGAAAUCUAAAAAAGAGAGAGCAUACAAUAGGUAGUUUACAGAAGCUUAUGUAUGGGUGGGGGUGGGGAGGGGGAUGGCUAAUAUGUUGUAUUUAUUGUCCUGGCACACUUAAUGAAGGUAAUAAGGAUUGCAAUUUGUAUAUUUUUCAGUAAGUUUAGGAAUGUAUCCAUUUCCUUUAUAGAGACAGCAAUAACGUCACUUUUUAUAUAGUGUUAAUUGUCCAUAAAUCUACCGAGUGAGCUGGUUAAACAUCCAUGCCAUGUAUGUCUUCUAAAGCUCAGUGUUCCAGGCCCCACCACUAGC